GGACGGAAUGGUUUCAUUAUCUUUUGUGUGUGUCUUGUUUACUUGUUGGGUUCGAGGGUCAUGGGCUGGCUCUGUGACUGACUGACUGAGUGCUACGGUUAUGUGUUGGGGGGCAAAAAUGAUGAUGCAUGCAUGCAUAUUGGCCCUUUUCCUCCGGUUGCUGUUUCUGCUCUUCAAGGCGUGUCUUGUUUUGUGUUUCUUUUUUCUUUGCAUAUCCUUACUGGGCCCUGUUGGCUUCGCAUUUGUGUUUGUUGUCGAGCAUACUAUCCUGUACAUAAUACCCGAUUGCGCUGAUGCUGUGUAGUUUAGAUAUGGGCAUGCAGCAUAUUAUUCCUGCAUGAAAUAAUGAUUGAAGCCUUACACAAGG